AUGACCACCCAACCCAACGGAAAAAAGGUCUCUGGAGUCCCACCGAACGAUGACGUGGAGCAAAUUGAUACCGAAAUUCAGCCUGGCGAGAUCAAGCAUGGAAUCACAGGAGACGCUGAUCCAGCCCUACAAUUUCUGGCUACAGAGGUGAUCGAAUACACGCCCGAGGAGUCCCGCAAAGUGUUGUCCAAGAUCGAUCGAGUUCUGAUGCCUCUGCUUUGCUGGGUUUAUCUGAUCCAAUUUGCCGACAAAACAUCUUUGAAUUAUGCCUCCCUGAUGGGGAUCCGUGAGGACACACACCUGGACCCAAACUCGCAGCAAUACAGCUGGGUGUCGAGAAAAUAUACCUCAUUCAAUAUUCUGAUCUGGGGUGUCGUGCUCCUCUGUCACGUCGCAACCAAUAGCUACGCUGGCCUCCUUUGUGUUCGGUUUUUGCUCGGCGCGUUCGAGGCAACAGUCACUCCGGCCUUCGUACUGUUCACCUCCUGCUGGUACAAACAAGAUGAGCAGGCCAAGCGCAUGGGGUUCUGGCUUGCUUGCAAUGGCUUUGCUCAAAUCCUGACCGCGGCAAUUGCGUAUGGACUGUCGGGUGUACAGACAUCUUCCAUUGCUGUAUGGAAGAUUCUCUUCCUCGUGCUGGGCCUGCCUACCGUCCUAACCGGCGCUUUUUACUUUUGGCUCAUGCCCGACGAUCAGAUCCACGCCAGAUUCCUGAGCCACCGGGAGAAGCUCAUUGCUGUUGAUCGCAUCCGGGGCAACUUCCAAGGCAUAGGUAGCCAUACUUGGAAAUGGGCCCAUUUCUUUGAAGCCUUCCGUGAUCCGCGCACGUAUCUCUACGUGCUCUUCUCGCUCUUGAUGAAUAUCCCCAACGGGGGCAUCACGACCUUCGGUUCCAUCGUGAUUAGCUCUUUUGGCUUCUCCAGUCGCAUGUCCCUCUUGCUCAACAUGCCAAUGGGGCUUGUUGACAUUGUCUGCAAGCUGGGGUUAACAUAUCUCUCGGACAGGUUUCUGGAUCGCACCAUUCUUGCUAUAAUCGCCAUCCUGAUACCCAUGGUGGGUGGCAUCCUGAUGAUUGUCCUACCCCUUCAUGCCAAAGCUGGCCUACUGGUAGGCUACUAUUUUAUCGGUGCUGCAGGCACCUCCUGGUGUUUGGUCAUGGUGAUGAUAUCCAACAAUACGCUCGGCUACACCAAGAAGGCCACAGUAAAUGGCCUCCAGAUAUUGGCCUACGCCGCGGGAAACUGGAUUGGACCGCAGACGUUCCGCUCAACCCAAGCGCCCGAGUAUUUUGAUGGCAAGCUGAUGGUUGCCAUCAUGUACGCUCUCGCAGCAGCGACCUUACUGGCUAUUCGUCUGGUGAACAUUUUUGAAAAUAGGAGACGCGACCAAAAGGCUCUUUCCAAUCCCGCAGUCGAGAACGUGGCUAUCGGCACUGAGUUCUUCGACUUGACGGAUUUCGAGCAGCCGGCUUUCCGCUAUAUACUUUGA